UGGCAUUAUUUGAACACAUGUGAAUGAACGAAGUCAAAGUCAAACGAACUCACACAUACACGCAAUCGAAAACAUUGCCAUACCGAAUAAAGAAUUUCUUUGCUUUGUUUUCGUUUUAACCUGACAAAAAGCAGUUUAGAUUCGAGAUAUUGAUUAAAGUGCGAAACGUUUAGAUAAUUCUAAGAAAAAUUGAAAAAAAAACUAAAAUUUAUUUUGGGUGAAAAAGUGUUUUAACCAAUAAAAUGAAGGAUAUUGAGAGCUGCUUGGAAAAUGACGAAAUCAUCACAUCUUCUGCAACAGAAUUUGCAAAUGAUAUCGGCGGGAAGAGGCUUGAUUUGAAUGGUUUCAUCGAAGCAUUGGGGCCAUUUUUAACAUCAACCGAUGUUGGUAUUCGAGAAAAAACAAUGCGCUUGCUGUCGGCCACUCUGGCCAAUUUACCAACAGACUUUCUAAAUCCGGUCCAACUCAAUUUUGUAACAACAUUUUACUGUGAUCGCUUGAAAGACCAUCAUUCGGUGGUGCCGAGAACAUUGUCGGGCAUCGAGGCUCUGACCAAAAUGAACAAUUUGCCAGAUGAAUGCGCAGCCCGAUUACUACAAGCCAUGUUCCAGAAUGUUGCGUGUCAAAGUCAAGUCAAGGGUGAUCGAACCACGAUUUUCAAUAUUAUUUCAAGCCUUUGUAAAACCAAAACGAAAGAACUAUUGAGUAUGGGACCUGAUUUCGUAUAUGGUUUCAUAAAUGCAAUGGACGGUGAACGUGAUCCUCGCAUUUUGCUAUUUUUGUUCGAUUUCAUUCCGACAUUUUUGGAAACAUUUCCAUUGGACCAUUUGAAUGAAGAAACAUUCGAAGUGAUUGCAUGUUACUUUCCCAUUGAUUUCAAUCCAUCGCCAAAUGAUGUCGGCGUUAUAACACGUGAUCAAUUGGCUGAAAAACUUGCCAACUGUCUCUGUUCGCACGAAUCGUUCACAGAGGAUUGCAUCAAUUUGCUAAUCGAAAAGAUGGACAGUCAAUUGAAUGUCGCCAAAUUGGAUUCAUUGUACUUAUUAUCAAAGGCGUCACAGAAAUUCCAACCAGCUGCAAUUGAAAAACAAUUUCCAGAUAUUUGGAAAGCAUUGAAGAAUGAAUUACUACCGGGCAGUAGUAAGGAUAUAACGAUAGCAACACUAGAUGCAUUGCAAGUGCUUUUAGUGAGUCUGGCCAAGGAUGAAACGGUUAUAACAAACGUACUUACAGUCAUUGUGUCGACGAUUUUACCAUCACUGUCGGAUGUGAACAGUCAUCUCUUCGCUCCAUCGGCCGCCAUAGCUUUAAAAUGUGUUGAAACAAGUAAAUUUUCGGCCAAAAUUGUGACCAAGAAAUGUCUUCCAGCAUUUUUACUUCAAAUUAACAAAAACAAUGCCGAACAACAGAUACAAAGAGGUACACUACUAGAACUAUCCGCUCAGCUAAUCGCAAUUUGCAUUGAAAACGAAGUGGUUAAUGAAAUCGAUACAAAACUCCUGGAAACAGCUCAAUUUGAAUUCAUCAAUUGCUUGGUACCGCGAACGGGGGACAGUGAGAAAUUGAUAAAAAUCGCUUUGCAGGCGCUGGCAUUGACCGCACCGAUAGUUGUCGAUUCAAAUCGUACGCUCGUUUAUCGUGCUCUAAAUUCGUACAUGCUAGAAGUGAACGCCGUAAAUGCAACGCCGAUAAAUUGUAGCAAUGUUUUGAGUGCAUUUGCCGCACGAUAUCCAGAUGAAGUAUCGACUGAAAUUGUGAAUCAUAUUCUUAACAUCGAUUAUAUUGCACAGAAACUCGAGCCGGCCGCUAUUGCUGAAUUGUUUGAAAAUCUGUGCUGUUUGAUUGCAAUUCGAAAAUUCCGCGAAGAAAUUUUACAAUUUUUAUUUCACAACAUUUUCGAACAAGAUGCUUCGAAGAUUGAAUAUCGAAAUCAAAUCCGUUUGAUUGGUGUACGUGUCUUGCGUCACAUUCUUGAAGAUGAUCAAAAUGAAACACUUCACGAGGAAAUGUACACAAAGUACAAUGUUUUUGAUCGAUUCCUUGAAUUGAUACAUUCCAAGCAAUUGGAUGAAACAAAUGCCGACACACUCACCGGCACCGAUGACUUUCUUUAUGAAAUGUCGCAAAUUUUACGAAUCGUCAUCAAAGACCUGGACGCGGCAACGCAAAAGCAACUCGUUGAAAAGUACUUGACAUCGCUUAAAUUGCAAUUGAAAUGCGAUUUGUAUUUUGCAUUGGGUUUGCUGGGUUACUUAGAGGAAACUGUUGACUUGGAAAAUCAUUUUGAACGUCUCGUUGACGAGCUCACACAAUUGUCAUUGAAGACUGACGACGAAGCGAUGACGAAGAUAAGCAAUCAAUUGCUAUGCAGUCUGUUUAAUAAGUGUCCGGAUACAGAGCACAGCACGGGCAUACUGAAAAAAAUCCUGAAACUUAUCAAAGACGAACUGAAAACACACAACAAGAAGGCAGUCGAAGUGUUGUCAUGGAUUUCAAAAGGUCUCUUGACUCGCGGCCAUACCGAAGCAUCCGAAAUUAUUGAUACGUUAAUCGAACUAUUGGAGCAUCCAACACUUUCUGAAGCGGCCGUGGCGGCCUUUGACGUAAUUUCAAUUGAAUUUCCUCAAUUGCAUUUGCCUGUUAUAAAGCAUCUUUUCAAGCAAAAACUGUUUCAACUUUGUUUGAAAGGAUUAUGGCAUAAAUUGGAAUCAUAUUCCGAAAAACAUUUAUCGGCAUUUGUAUUCAUACUGAAGCUGACGCCGCAUCAGGUGCUCAAGAACGAAAUACAAAAGAUUGGUCCAGUUUUGCUGAAUUGUCUUAAUUUGAAGGGAACCAAAUCGAUACUAGCAACUUUGGCUAUUAUUAAGCGUUUUGUUACCGAACAAAAUGAAUUUUUCCGUGAUCAUCUACAAAAUAUGAUUCCGCAAUGCCUCAAAUUGACCACUUCUAAAGAAUCGAUGAAUAUUCGUGUCGAUGCGAUAAGUAUUCUGUCAUCCAUAGCCAAUUAUCCGACAUUCGUGGUUUUGCCGUUUGUACAAGAUGUUUUAAUUGGUUUGCAGCCAGCACUCGAUGAUCAUAAGCGCUGCGUUCGUGGUGCGGCCGUUACUGCACGUAAUAAAUGGUUUAUGGUGGGAGCCGAAGAAUAGAUUUAAGCGAUUCAAAUACAUUUGUUGGGAAAAUCCAAAGAAUAAAUCAAUUUUAUAUUUCAAUGUAA